AUGUAUAGAGAACAUAUUCAUAUAGAAGCUAUUGUAAAAAACGUAAGUAAGUAUUCCCUAUCUGGUAGGCUUAGAAUUGCCUCUAUAUUGGAUACUAAUGAUAAAGGGGUAUCUUAUAUUGGCCAGCGUGUAACUAUUAGUGGAUGGUCAAGAACUGUGAGGAAACAAUGUUCAGAUACAUUAGUAUUUGUAGUUUUAAAUGAUGGUUCUACAUCAAGAAAUAUACAAGUUGUAGUAGAACAAUCAGCAUCAGGUUUUAGAGAUGCUUUAAAAAGUAGUGUAGGUUGUUCUUAUAGAAUUACUGGUUGUAUUGUUAAAUCACCAGCUAAAGAACAAGAAGUGGAACUUUUAGUUAGUGAUUCGAAGGAAGAUGAAAUAAAAGUAUUAGGUUUUUGUGAUCCUUCAAAAUAUCCAUUAGCUAAGAAGCAUCAUUCUAAAGAAUUUUUACGUGAAAUACCUCAUUUACGUCCAAGAACCCAAUUUUUUAGUUCUGUUACACGUAUUAGAAAUACCCUUUCUAUUGCGAUUCAUGAUUAUUUCCAGUAUUUAGGUUUUUAUUAUAUACAAACUCCUAUUAUAACAUCUGCAGAUUGUGAAGGAGCUGGCGAAAUGUUUCAAGUUACUACCUUAUUACCUCACAGUAAUAUAAUAUCUGAUAUUCCAACAAAGAAGACUGGAAAUUUAAGUACUAAAAUAAAUCCAGAAUCUACAGAUAAUCAUGAUAAAUUAGAUAAUAUGAUUGAUUAUAAUAGAGAUUUUUUUGAAGUUCCAACUUACUUAACUGUUUCUGGACAAUUAAAUGUUGAGAAUUUCUCAUGUUCAAUGUCAGAUGUAUAUACUUUUGGGCCAACUUUUCGUGCUGAAAAUUCACAUACAGGAAGACAUUUAGCUGAAUUUUGGAUGAUAGAACCUGAAAUGGCAUUUGCUGAUUUACUAGAUGAUAUGAAUUUAGGUGAAGGUCUAUUAAAAUAUUGUGUAGAAGCUGUAUUAAAGAAUAAUGAGGUAGAUUUGCAAUAUUUAGAUGCAAAUAUCGAAAAAGGUUUAAUAAAUAGAUUAAAACAAGUAGUAAGUGAGGAAUUUGCUCGUAUUAGUUAUACUGAAGCUAUUGAGAUGCUUAAACCUUAUAAUAAUAAAUUUACAGUCCCUGUUGAGUGGGGUAUGGAUUUAGGAUCUGAACAUGAGAAGUAUAUAACAGAUGUAUUAUUAAAGAAACCAUGUAUACUUUAUAAUUAUCCAAAAGAUAUUAAAGCAUUUUAUAUGAAGCAGAAUGAUGAUGGACUUACUGUAGCAGCUAUGGAUAUUUUAGUCCCAAAGAUUGGAGAAGUUAUUGGUGGAUCUCAAAGAGAAGAUGAUAUAGAGAAGUUAAAAAGUGCAAUUAUUGAGAAGGGAAUGGAAUUAGAACCAUAUUGGUGGUACAAUGAAUUAAGAUUAUAUGGCUCUGUACCUCAUGCAGGAUUUGGACUUGGUUUUGAAAGGCUUGUAAUGAUGGUUACUGGAAUUGAUAAUGUACGUGACGUAAUUCCUUUCCCUAGAUAUCCUGGUCAUUGUACUUUUUAA